ACACGGGCCGACCGGAAGUGUGUUGGAUUUCCGAUCUCUUCUUCAGAUUAACCUCCUUCCUCUUCCUCUUCUUCAUCUCCUCCUCUUCCUCCUUCAGAUCAGAUCAGUCUCCUUCAGCAGCAGACAGCUGAUUAAACAUUCAGUCCUCGGUUCUUCUGGAUCUUCUGGUUCUGCUGCCGGUCUGAUGGAGGACCGGAGACUCAACUAGGCAGAAGACCUUUGGACAGGAUCCUAAUCAGACGGCCCGGCAGGCACCAUGAGGUGACGACGGUGACAUCUUGUAUUUUUGCCGACCGGGACAUAUGGCAAGGAUCACGUUCUCCUGCCUGCCGGCCUCCUGGUACUGCAGCGUGUCCCUGCUGUCUCUGGGCUGCGCUCCCAGGCAGAGACUGCUGCUGCUGCUCUUCAUCACCUCCGCCCUCCUCCUCCUGGGAACCUACCAGAGGCAGCUGUUGGGCCCGGGGCAGCGACGGCCCGGGUCCCAAGUCAACAAGUACCUCUCCAUGGAUGAGUCCAUGGAGGCCACCGACGUCCUCAACCCGACUCUGAACUACGGGAUCGUGGUGGACUGCGGCAGCAGCGGUUCUCGGGUCUUUGUGUACUACUGGCCCCCCCACAACGGGAACCCUCACACCCUGCUGGACAUCAGACAGAUGAAGGACCGCGACCGCAAACCAGUCGUCAAGAAGAUCAAACCUGGUAUCUCUACUCUGGCGAACACACCAGCGCUGGCCAGCGACUACCUCCAUCCUCUCCUCAGCUUCGCCGCCGCUCACGUCCCCAAGAGCCAACACAAGGAGACGCCGCUCUACAUCCUCUGCACCGCUGGCAUGAGGCUGCUGCCGGACAGCCAGCAGGCGGACAUCUUGGAGGACCUGGUCACUGAUGUUCCCCUGGAGUUUGACUUCCUGUUUUCCCGCUCCCACGCUGAGGUCAUCUCUGGGAAACAAGAAGGAGUGUACGCCUGGAUCGGCAUUAACUUUGUGUUGGGCCGCUUUGAUCACGCUGAUGAGGAGGACGCCACAGUCGAGGUGACAACGGGGUCUCAGAACCAGCAGCCAAUCAGCAGGCGGCGCACGGUGGGCAUCAUGGAUAUGGGCGGAGCUUCGCUGCAGAUCGCCUACGAGGUGCCCGGCGCCAUCACCUUCAGUUCACCACAAGAGGAGGAAGCGGGGAAGAGUGUCCUCGCUGAGUUUAAUCUGGGCUGCGAUGUGGAGCACACGCAGCACGUCUACAGAGUCUACGUCACCACGUUCCUCGGCUUCGGAGGAAACAUGGCGAGGCAGCGCUACGAGGACCAGCUGGUCAACAACACGCUGGCCAAGAACAGGUUUCUCACCGCACAGACGGGCCUGAGUGAGGACAAACCGUACCUGGAUCCGUGUCUGCCGGUCGGCCUGUCGGACACCGUCGUGAGGGACAACCACACGUUGUACCUGAGGGGUCAGGGCGACUGGAGUCAGUGUCAAGAGGCCGUACGACCCUUCCUGGGCCUCCACAACGGCACCAUGUCACCGGGUGGCGUCUACCAGGCUCCCAUCAACUUCAGCAACAGUGAGUUCAGCGGCUUCUCAGAGUUCUUCUACUGUAUGGAGGACGUGCUGAGACUGGGAGGAGGCUACGACAGCCACAAGUACGCCAGAGCUGCUAUGGACUACUGCUUCACCAAGUGGUCGAUACUGAAACAGCGUCUGGACAACAAGCUGUUCUCUCAGCAGGCCGACAUCAGCAGACUCAAGUAUCAGUGCUUCAAGUCGGCCUGGAUGUACGAGGUGUUGCACUCCGGCUUCCGUUUCCCCGCCGACUACCCGAGUCUGAAGACGGCCCAGCUGGUUUAUGACAAGGAGGUCCAGUGGACUCUGGGAGCCAUCCUGUUUAAAACCCGCUUCCUGCCUCUCAGGGACCUGCAGCAGGAGACGCUGCGUCAGAGCCACCCCAGCUGGCUGCGCUCCUCCUUCGUCUACAACCACCACCUGUUCUCUCUGUGCAUCCUGGUGGUGGUGCUGGCCAUCCUGCUCUACAUGAUGCGCCUGCGGAGGAUCCACCAGCGGGAGCAGCGGCAGGCCGAGGCCCUGAACCUGCUCUGGGUCGAAGAGGGAGAGGCCCUCCUCCCCUGAGAGAGAGAGAGAGACAGGGAUGGAGGUUCCACAACGAUGAACUAAAGAACGUGAGUACGAAGGACCGAUAAGGAACCUGGCAAUGACUCACCGAUGAGGAGAAAACAUCCCAGCACAGAGACCAGCUGGUCUGCACAUCGUCUGAUCCAGCAGCUUUAAAACCCACAGCCAUCUCAGACUGGAACUGGUUUUUAAAGAAUAUUUUUGGGGGGCAUUUUCUGCUUUCUUUGAUAAAGAGAGAGAGAGGAGAGAGACAGAGACAGGAAAGGCUCCAGGCCGGACCUGGAUUCAGUGGAUCGACUGCUGAGCGAGAAGACGGAGGUCAUUUAUCACAGGAACACGGAACACUCUGAAGAGCAUCGCCUGAAGGCACCGCCAACUGAUUCUAAUCCACCUUAUUCUUAUUCACCUUAUUAUGUGGAAAUGAUUAUGGGUCCAACUUCCGGUGAGGUAGCGGAAAGCAGCAGUGAGCUAGUUAGUCCCAUAGAGGCUAAACCGUAGAGGCUAACCCCCCCCUUAACUAACGUUAAAUUUACAUUCUCUAAAAUGUCCUUGUGGAGCUCUGGUACUUGUGUCUCUGUCCUGUACUAACAACCAGACAGAGCUAAAUCUGUGGCUUCAGCUACAGCGUGUUGAACAUGCAAACUAAAAGGGAUAUUUCUUGUGACCAUCGGAACAGUUUCCAUCGCCGACCUACAGACGAGGAACCCAGAAGAAUGUGGGCUGAGAAGCCUGAACUAGAAGAGACCACCAUUAACCCUUUAAGUUAUGUGAGCUCAGUUCAUUUAGUGGACUGAAAGCCAACGGAGGAAAACCUGUAUCCUACUCUGUGGUUAGGUUAUAAAGAGCAGCGGAGAAGAGAAAUCAGGUCCUUAAAAGGACGGACAGCAGAGCCAGGAGGACAUCAGAGCCAGGAGGACAUCAGAGCCAGGAGGACAUCAGAACCAGGAGGACAUCAGAGCCAGGAGGACAUCAGAGCCAGGAGGACAUCAGAGCCAGGAGGACAUCAGAACCAGGAGGACAUCAGAGCCAGGAGGACAUCAGAACCAGAGGACAUCAGAGCCAGGAGGACAUCAGAACCAGGAGGACAUCAGAACCAGGAGGACAUCAGAGCCUAGGAGGACAUCAGAGCCAGGAGGACAUCAGAGCCAGGAGGACUCAGAACCAGGAGGACAUCAGAGCCAGGAGGACAUCAGCUCUGAUUUGAGUCAGUAACGUAGCUAAAUAUUCUAGUGUAGGUUUUCUGAGGCCACGUCUUCAGGUGGUCCUCCAUCCCUCCACAAGGCAGAGCUCUGAUCACAUGAUCCUGUCUGAGCUGUAACAGCUGGUGUUCACGACGUUUUUACUAGAUUUAUUAAUACAAUCUACGAUUAGCGUAGCGUUACCAUGGAAAACGCUGGUUCAGUGACACGACGCGCCGGAAAGUUGCGCCCAUAAUUCACGCAAGGCAUCAUGGGGGAUAAGAAUAAGGUGGAUAUCAACGCUCUGAAUUUUAGGAUUUAGCACCUUUAACCAUUCAGGUUCCCUCCCUCUUUGUUUUACCUGCCAAAGUUUGUAUAACAUCCUAAACAUUAUACUGCAUCUCCAUCUCUAGAUCUGUUCCUCACACAUGUAAUCCCUCCCUUCCACAUGCUCAUGUGACCUUUGAGUAUCUUCAUCUGGUGACGGGUAACAGGUUUGAACAUGACAUUCCCACCUGCCAACAAAGAGAGAGAAGAAAGCUGUCACUUUAUUGUCUCACCUUAAACUCGUGAAAUGUUCACAGCCCCAAACGUGAUUUAAAAACUGCACUUCAGUGUGAGGUGAUGUCAGCGUGAUGUCACCGUGUGACUGCAGCUCCUCUGCCAUCAGAUAGAGUUUUCAUCGACACCUCCGUCGUAAACGUCCCCACGGGAUGAUUCCUCGAAAGCAAUCCUGCGGGCCGAUGAUGUCAUCCUGCAGAGCUCAGCGCCUCAGAUGGUGCUUUUGAUACUUGAAUGUUGUCCUGCCGGGACGUCUCCAGCGCUCCAGCUCCCGUGUUUAUCAGAGGACAGACGGAGCCAGGAGAGACGUUCUAUCUAGGCUGCAGUGAGUGGAGAGGUCUGCUCAGUGUUUGGAUGAAGGCGCUGAGAGCAGACGGAGGCCCCGGAGGCUUUAAACAGACGGAAUGCAAUAAGUCCACGAAAGGGUGUCUUAUACUGGUGCAUGCUGGGACGUGGCAGACAAGAUCUCAGUAUUGUUCAACAUCUAAUGUGGUUUUCAAAAUCACCAGACUUAAAGCCAUCUUUGAGGAGAAAAGCCUGACCUUGGAAAACAAGAAGGUCUAUUAAGUGUUUCCUGUAUGUCCCAGCCGAUUAGACUGUCAUCAGCUCAUUAAACAGGCGUCAUCAACAGCGAUGCACCGAUACAGCUUUAUAUCAGACCGAGUACAAGUACCUACAUUUGGGAUACUCGCUGAUUCCGAGUACCGAGCUCGCUGCGCCCUCUCUCCCCACCGGGGAGGGACGGGGUUUCCCUGCUCCCCGGUGCGACUGUCGACCGGGCCGGACUGUCCUCAGUGCGCCUCGACCGCGUCGUGCCCCCAGGUAACGACCCCGACGUAAAAGGCGCCAGGGGUCUGCGGCGAUGUCGGCAAACCCACCCGACCCGUCUUGAAACACGGACCAAGGAGUCUAACGCACGCACGAGUCAGAGGGCGCAAGCCGGCAGAGGUGGGAUCCCGGCCCAGCGGGGUGGGGCGCACCACCGGCCCGUUUCGCCCGCACCGUCGGGGAGGUGGAGCGUGAGCGCGUGCAAUAGGACCCGAAAGAUGCUGACGAGAGGUUAACGUCACGCUGCCGGUAAAGUGGUAUCGGAGCCGUUUUGCGAGUACAUGAGCACAGUAUCGGACCCGAUACCCGGUACUGUAUCGCUGCAAUCCCUAGUUGUCAGUCACUAUAAGCAGAUGUGGGUCGAUAGGGGCCUACUAAACCCACUAGUAGGUUUUAUCAUCUAUUCACAUGGUAGAUCACCGAAAGAAGGUACAAAAGAACACGACAGUGACCUCUUGACCUCUUGACACAAAACACGUCUUUCACCCUGGAGACCGGAGUUUGCAUCCCGUCUUAAACCAACAAUGUGUAGUUGUCUUUGUGUUCGUAGUCAAGAUUAGAUAAGAUAUACUUUAUUGUUCCCACAGGGAAAUGUGUCUUGGGCUCCAGGCCACUGGCGUCACACAACACUUAUUUUAAGCCUAAACCUACAGAAGUCUUUUUGUUUGUGUUUAAAACGUGCCGUUUCGUUCAGUUUGACAUGUUAGGACGUGUUGCUUUUUAGUUUCACUUGACUCUUACAUCGUCGUAGGUGUAUUAGGCCCCUACUGACCCACAUGUCUGGUGCGUAUAGCGACUGAUAACGCCUGUUUAAUGGCCUGGUAACAGUGGAAUCGGCGGUAUUUCAUAGCUGUAAAUGAAGCCACUGUUUAGUUUUUAGUGAGCAUGUUAUUAUGUGCUGACAGACUGUGCAACAAACCAUGACGAUGCAAAUACGUGUCUGAGAAGCACCUGGUGAAACGAUCCCACAGUGGGGAGUUAUGAUUUGUAAUUCAUUUCUUGUGUGGCUGUUUUGAAAGCUGUAAUGUGAUUCCACUUGUUCUAAAUAUGUUCUAUACACACUUCCUUUCUUUUCUAUCCGUCCUGACGCAGAUGAGUCGUGACUCGCCCUCGUCAAACUGUCAGCGUGUCUGUAACCUUCGUCUCCUCGUCUGUACUUCCUGCUCCGGUAACAGGAGGUCACAGCAGCCGGCGGUCUGAACUGUAAACGCUGUUUCUCUCUCAUAUCGUUACACUGUGAGGUAACUGUGGACCUCUUCCUGAUCCUCAUCCUCAUGCGGUUUCCAGUAUUUCAUGUGUGGACUCAUGACCCGGGACCAGUGGUUGUGUCUUUCCAGAGCUGGGCAUUGUGCAAUGUUAAACAGUAAUUCACUGAAUGAGACACUUGACUCUGAUGUUUGUAAUUAAGGUACCUUUUAACAUCAAUGUGAAUAGAAAUGAUUCCAAUCCAAUAAAUGAUCCUUUUGUAAUUAAA